AUGAUCUGGACCGCGCGGGCAGCUCACCUCAGUAACGAUGAGAAAGACAUGAUCCGCCUUAUUGAAGAACAUGGGUACGAUUCGUUCUCAAACACACUCCGCGUUGUCGAAAAUCUCCGAGGAUACAGCGUCAAGAUCUGCAGAAGCAUGGUGGUGAUGCCCGCCGUUGUGAAAGCCAUCGUCAACUCAAAGAGCGAGAUAUCCUGGGAGUCGAAGUUCCAAGUGUCCAGCUCUUCCGCCAUACUUCGUCGCGCAGGAAGGUUCACUAUCUAUAGGCGAGAAGGUGAAAGAGGACCAGUGAGCCUAAAACAUGUCCUCCCGUCGAUCAGAUCGUCAUCGGUGGCCCUCUCUUUGAACCCCAUCUCAAGCGCCGCGUUCAAGAGGAACUUCUACGGUACAAGACUGACAAAGGACUGGCAGCGAGAGGGCAAAGCCAAGUCUGAUCAUCCGCCGCCCGUGCUCAAAUACUACAGGUACAUGUUGAUGCUGGCUUCCAGCUUUCCCGUUUACCAGAUGACCGUUCUUCUCGAGCGAGUUGGAUCUGGGACAACAUUCGACUACGUCGCAAAGAUGAGGAAAGCAAGUAUGGAUCUCACGCAUAUCUCACCUCUGUACAGAGAUUUUGAUGACCCCGAUCCGGUGACGAUGUUCCAGCAUCUGAGACUAGUUCUCAAGGGUGGUCCGCAGAUCCAAGAGUUGUUAUCGACCCUUCUAGAGAGCGUUUUGCCGUACGAGGAUCAUCUUAUACCCACGAUCAUGAUCACAUUGGCGUCCCCUAUCCUCGCGUUCGUUACCGAACAAGUGCUUCGAGCACUGCGAAUCCCAACAGCGAUACAGGCAUGGAAAUAA